CAUCAAAUAAAAAAAACAUGAUAAAGUACCGUUGUCUAGCGCCUUUUCCAUCUUCAUCCUCUGAACUUCCCUUCCAUUCUUUUCGUGCGCAAAGAGAAACCUAAUAUAAUCAAAAAAGCCAUAAUUUGAAUUUUCAUUACCUAAAUUCUCACUCAAAGUAUCUAUUUUCUUUAUCUAUACAAUAUAAUGGCUUCAUUAUUCUCCAUUUAUUCAAGAAUUUCUUCAUUGCUCGAGGAGAACGGUAAUCGGAAUUUGUAUUUGAAUGUGUUCGGUCAAAAAUGGCGAGCACGAGCGGUUUCAGAGACGAAUUUGGUCACUCGAAGAGGUCGUCUUCGAAAAGAAUGAAUCGAGCUUUAACAAUGGUUGAUCCUACUAAUGAUGAUAGUGUUCCGAUUGAUAGUGAGCUUGUUCCGUCUCCGCUUGCUGUUAUUGCGCCUAUUCUUAGGGUUGCUAAUGAAGUUGAGAACGAUAACCCUAGGGUUGCUUAUUUAUGUCGCUUUCAUGCAUUCGAGAAGGCUCACAAGAUGGACCCAACGUCAAGUGGGAGAGGAGUUCGCCAGUUCAAGACUUAUCUGUUGCAUAAACUUGAAAAGGAGGAGGCUGAAACUCGUCCAAUACUAGCUAAAAGUGAUCCAAAAGAGAUUCAGAAGUUCUACCAGAACUUCUGUGAGAAGAAUAUUAGACAGGGUCAACACGUAAAGACUCCGGAAGAAAUGGCCAAGAUUUAUCAGAUAGCGACUGUGCUAUAUGAUGUUCUUAGGACGGUUGUACCCUAUGCAAAAGUUGAUGAAGCGACAGAAAAUUAUGCCAAGGAAGUAGAAAGGAACAGAGAACAAUACGAGCAUCAUAAUAUUCUCCCUCUAUUUUCUGUUGGUGUUAAACCAGCAAUCAUGGAACUUCCUGAGAUUAAAGCUGCAAUUCGGGCCAUAAGUAAUCUGGACAAUCUUCCUGUGCCUCAAGUUACAUUGGCAUCUGUUACUCAAGAUCAUAAUGUUAUUAUUCCGGAGUACAGGGACAAAUCUUUUAAUGAUAUUCUUGACUGGCUAGCAUCCAUCUUUGGGUUUCAGAAAGGAAAUGUUGCAAAUCAAAGAGAGCACUUGAUCUUGAUACUUGCAAAUAUGGAUGUAAGGGUUAGGAGAUCAGAGGACUAUGAAAUGCUUCACAUUCAGACUAUCCACCAAUUGAAAGAAAAGGUUUUUAAAAAUUAUGAAAGAUGGUGCAAUUAUCUUCAUUGCAAAUCAAACCUCAAAUUUCCCCCAGGUGCUGACCAACAGCAAUUGGAGCUUCUGUAUAUUGCACUUUAUCUCCUUAUCUGGGGUGAAGCGUCAAAUGUUCGUUUCAUGCCUGAAUGCUUAUGCUACAUCUUCCAUAAUAUGGCUAGUGAAAUUCAUGGAAUUCUGUACAACAAUGUUCACUCAAUAACAGGAGACAAUAUUCAAAGUACGAGGCGUGGGGAUGAAUUUUUUCUAAAGAAAGUUAUAUCUCCGAUAUAUGAUGUUUUGCGUAAGGAAGCAAGAAGAAACAAAGGAGGCAAAGCUAGCCACUCAGCUUGGAGGAAUUAUGAUGAUCUUAAUGAAUAUUUUUGGUCUCAGAAAUGCUUCAAAUUAGGAUGGCCAAUGGAUGACAAAGCAGACUUUUUUGUACAAACGGAAGAGGUGCGGCCUUCCAGCAUGAGGCAUGAUCAAGUUGCUAUUGGAAAGAAGAAGCCUAAGACAAACUUUGUUGAAAUGCGCACAUUUUGGCACCUUUAUAGAAGUUUCGAUCGUAUGUGGGUAUUUUUCAUACUUGCUUUGCAGACAAUGGUAAUCAUAGCUUGGAGUCCUACUGGUUCAAUUAUCUCAAUUUUUGAGCCCAACGUAUUUGAUGCUGUUUUGAGCAUAUUCAUUACUGCUGCCUUCCUCAAUUUAUUGGGAGCAACUUUGGAUAUUUUUCUUAGUUGGAAGGCUUGGGGGAGCUUGAAAAUUUCUCAAAUUCUGCGGUACCUUUUGAAGUUUGCUGUUGCAGCUAUGUGGGCAGUAGUGAUGCCUAUAGGCUAUACCAGAUUUGUACAGAAUCAUGUGGGAUUAGUGAACUUCCUCACUAGCUGGGCUGCCGAUAUAAAUCCUAAUACUUUCAAGUUUUGCAUCGCCAUUUACAUGGCUCCUAACAUUUUUGCUGCUUUGUUAUUUUUCUUCCCACCAGUACGGAAAUUUGUGGAACGCUCGAAUUCAAAUAUCAUCAUCCUCGUUAUGUGGUGGGCUCAGCCAAAAUUGUAUAUUGGAAGAGGCAUGCAUGAAGACACAUUUUCCCUUCUUAAGUAUACAUUUUUUUGGAUAUUGUUGCUUGUGUGCAAGCUGGCAUUUAGUUUCUAUGUGGAGAUUUUGCCUUUAGUGGAGCCAACAAAGCUAAUAUGGCGGAUGAAAAUUGAUGACUAUGAAUGGCAUGAGUUCUUUCCUAAUGCAACACAUAAUUUUGGCGUUAUAAUUGCGAUUUGGGCUCCGAUUGUUUUUGUUUAUCUCAUGGAUGCACAAAUAUGGUAUGCCAUAUUCUCUACCAUUGUUGGUGGAAUUCUUGGAGCUUUCAGCCAUUUGGGUGAGAUACGCACGCUUGGAAUGUUGCGCUCCAGAUUUGAGUCUGUUCCUAUAGCUUUCAGAAAGCGGCUUGUGCCACGAUUGAAAGGGGAGGCUAAGUUGAGACCAUUGGAGACUUUGGAAGCUCGAAAAAACAUUGCGAAAUUCUCUCAAGUCUGGAAUGAAUUUAUACAUUCUUUGCGGCUAGAGGAUCUGAUCAGUCACAGUGAGAGAGAUUUACUACUUGUACCUUACACUUCAAGUAGGGUUUCUGUGGUCCAGUGGCCUCCUUUCCUUCUUGCUAGUAAGAUUCCCAUAGCGCUAGAUAUGGCAAAAGAUUUCAAGAAAAAAGAUGAUUCCGAGUUAUUUAACAAAAUCAAGGAUGAUGAUUACAUGUCUUCAGCAGUGAUUGAAUGCUACGAAACUCUCAGGGAAAUUCUCUUUGAGCUUUUGGAAGAUGCAGAUGAUAAAUUAUCAAUCAAACAAAUAUGUGAAAAGGUGGAAACUAGCAUACAUCAGCGCAAAUUUUUGGUCGAGUUUCAUAUGAAUGGAUUACCUAUGCUUCAUGACAAGUUGGAGAAGUUCCUGAAAUUGUUGCUGAGUGACAGUGAGUAUGAUGAUGAGGACCUCUACAAGUCUCAUAUUGUUAAUGUUCUCCAGGAUAUUAUGGAGAUCAUUACAAAAGAUGUUAUGAGUGAUGGAUAUGAUAUCCUGAAGAGAGAUCAAAUUGAUGAUGUGGGGAAAAGAGAGAGGUUCGUAAAGAUACACAUCAAUCUCUUACGUAAUAAAUCAUGGAGAGAAAAGGUUGUUCGGUUACAUGUGCUCUUGAGUGAGAAGGAGUCAGCAAUAAAUGUGCCUACAAAUUUGGAAGCACGUCGUCGAAUGACGUUUUUUACUAACUCAUUGUUCAUGACUAUGCCAUAUGCUCCCUUUGUGCGUAAUAUGCUUUCAUUCAGUGUUUUGACCCCAUAUUACAAAGAAGAUGUUCUCUAUUCAUGGGAGGAACUUCAUGAGGAAAAUGAGGAUGGAAUUUCAACCUUAUUCUAUUUGCAGAAGAUCUAUCCAGAUGAAUAUAAGAAUUUUUUGGAACGAGUAAAUGAUCCAAAACUAGGAUAUGCUAGCAAAGACCACAAAGAGUUGAUACGUCUCUGGGUAUCUUAUAGAGGGCAAACACUUUCUAGAACAGUCAGAGGGAUGAUGUAUUAUCGUCAAGCUUUGGAUCUUCAGUGCUUUUUGGAAUAUGCAGAAGAUAAGGCUAUCUUUAGUGGCUACAGAACCAUUGAGGAAAGUGACACACAUGAGAAGAUUUUUAACUAUUCGCAAGCUCUCACUGAUUUGAAGUUCACGUAUGUUGUCUCUUGUCAAGUCUAUGGUAAUCAGAAGAAGUCUAGUGAUGCUCGUGACAGAAGCUGUGCUAAUAACAUUCUGAAUCUCAUGCUAACGUACCCAUCCUUGCGUGUUGCUUAUAUAGAUGAGAGAGAGGAGAAGUUGGAAAGAAUAUAUGAUGGUAAAGUGGAAACCAAAUCUGAGAAGGUCUAUUACUCUGUUCUUGUCAAAGGUGGUGAUAAAUUGGAUGAGGAAAUUUAUCGGAUCAAGCUUCCUGGUCCACCGACAGAAAUUGGUGAAGGAAAGCCCGAGAACCAAAAUCAUGCCAUUAUAUUCACACGUGGAGAGGCCUUACAGACAAUAGACAUGAACCAGGAUAAUUACUUUGAAGAAGCUUUUAAAAUGAGAAAUGUUUUGGAAGAGUUUCAAAAGUCCCGUCGUAAGCGUCGGAAACCUACCAUUUUGGGUCUGAGGGAGCAUAUUUUCACAGGAAGUGUUUCAUCCCUAGCUUGGUUUAUGUCCAAUCAGGAGACUAGCUUUGUAACCAUUGGUCAGAGAGUCCUUGCUAACCCUCUGAGGGUGCGUUUCCAUUACGGCCAUCCUGAUAUAUUUGACAGACUAUUUCACAUAACUAGGGGAGGAGUUAGCAAAGCUUCAAAAGUCAUUAACCUGAGCGAGGAUAUAUUUUCAGGUUUUAACUCAACUUUACGCGGAGGCUUCAUCACGCAUCACGAGUAUAUUCAGGUAGGAAAAGGACGUGAUGUUGGAAUGAAUCAAAUAUCCCUAUUUGAGGCUAAAGUUUCCAGUGGAAAUGGUGAGCAAACACUCAGCCGUGAUGUUUAUCGACUUGGCCGACGAUUUGACUUUUACAGGAUGCUUUCAUUCUACUACACCACUGUGGGAUUCUACUUGAGUAGCAUGGUUACUGUUCUGACAGUGUAUGUAUUUUUAUAUGGACGGCUGUAUAUGGGCUUGAGUGGGCUAGAGAAGUCGAUCAUACAGAGCGCAACAAUAAAUGAAGCCAAAGCCCUUGAACAAGCUCUUGCACCACAAACUAUGUUUCAAAUUGGUGUUCUUCUAGUACUACCAAUGAUUAUGGAAAUUGGCUUGGAGAGAGGUUUUCGUACAGCAAUAGGUGAUUUUAUCAUCAUGCAACUUCAGCUAGCUUCUGUAUUUUUUACUUUUCAGCUGGGGACAAAGGCACAUUAUUUUGGAAGAACUAUCUUACAUGGAGGUUCUAAAUAUCGAGCAACAGGGCGUGGGUUUGUCGUUUUCCAUGCAAAAUUUGCAGACAAUUACAGGAGGUACUCACGAAGUCAUUUUGUGAAGGCUCUGGAGCUUUUCAUUCUAUUAAUAGUUUAUGAAGCCUAUGGGAACUCUUAUCGAAGCUCAAAUCUCUACCUAUUUGUUACAUGGUCCAUGUGGUUUCUUGUUGGUUCGUGGUUGUUUGCUCCUUUCAUCUUUAAUCCAUCAGGAUUUGACUGGCAAAAGACUGUUGAUGAUUGGACAGAUUGGAAAAGAUGGAUGGGUAAUCGCGGUGGGAUUGGUAUACAGCCUGAUAAAAGUUGGGAAUCUUGGUGGGAUGGAGAACAUGAACAUCUGAGAUAUACUACUGUCAGGGGGAGAUUCUUGGAAAUUGUCAUUGCUUGUCGCUUCUUUGUUUAUCAAUAUGGGAUUGUCUACCAUCUUGAUGUAUCUCAUAAAAGCAAGGAUUUCUUGGUCUAUGCGCUUUCUUGGGUGGUCAUGGCUAUUGUACUUCUUGUGUUGAAGAUGGUCUCGAUGGGAAGGAGGAGAUUCGCUACUGAUUUUCAGCUGAUGUUUAGAAUUCUCAAAGGACUUCUAUUCCUCGGUUUUCUAUCUGUAAUGACUGUUUUGUUUACCGUAUGCAACCUCACCAUAGUGGAUGUGUUUGCUUCUAUCCUGGCUUUCCUUCCCACGGGGUGGGCUAUGCUAUUAAUUGGACAAGCAUGCAGGGGCUUGUUGAAGGGUCUGAAAGUCUGGGAAUCAGUUAAGGAGCUUGCUAGAGGCUAUGAAUAUUUGAUGGGACUGAUAAUUUUUACGCCUAUAGCUGUAUUGUCAUGGUUCCCAUUUGUUUCUGAGUUCCAAACAAGGUUGCUGUUCAACCAAGCAUUCAGUAGAGGUCUGCAAAUCUCGAUGAUUCUGGCCGGGAAGAAAGAUCGUGGCCAAAAUAUGGGAGACCUAUUGAGCAAUUGACCUGUAAUGAGCCUUGUAGUCAUCUGUAGAAAUUUUCCUUCUGUGAUGUAUCAGCUAGUAGUAGUUUUGGGUACUAUAUAAGUCAUUCGCUGCCACACUAAGAUUUAUCUGACCAGGAACCUCGUCAAUGCUCACCCUGCCCCAAUGUGAGAAAGUACGAAGAUGUGAAUCUUAGACCUCGUACAUGCUCACCCUGCCUCGAAUAAAGAAAGUAUGAAAAUGUGAAUCAGGAGAUUGGAAGCACUGGUGAGUGGUUAGUGGUUACUCGUCCAUUUACACUGUUGGUGUGUUUGCUGGUUCAUAUGGGCAAAAACUAGAAUAGCAGGUUAAAACUGAAAUUGCAAACUGGAGAUGUUACAAAUGGGAAUUGAGAUGGAGUAUCAGCAUCAAGUAGUUGCAAAUUUUCUGAAAUUUUUGUACUUUGAUCAUGAUAUACUUUAGGAUUCUUCGUUAUAAUUGUUUUUAGAUUUAUUGUAUCCACCUCUAUAAUGGUAUAUUGAUCCGAACGUCUCACUAGUUACAACCUCUCUUAGGGUAUGGUUUGUCAUCUAUCCUUUCCUAAAUUUGAUUAUAGCUAUUAUAAGCGAGAUAUACUGAAUAUGAUAGAAUGAUGAUGAUAGAGAUGGUGAUGACCUUUACGAUGGUGUCAAAAUACUUUGCUAAUACUAUUGAUAUUCUUUCUA